AUGCCUACCAUGGUGUUUGUAGGGCGCAGCACCUGUUUGAGCCCGAUCGGGAUGGUUGCCAAUGGAAACCGUCACAUCUUGGACCGGUCUGAGCUACUGGGAAGACCAGGCGUGGACUGCCACUGUCAACACGAGAGUUCAGCGGCCGUUUUACAACUUCAGUUUCUCAUCAACGAAGGGGCGCUGGUCACGGCUUGUGCUGACGAUACGCUGCACUUGUGGAACCUGCGUCAGAGGAGGCCCGCCGUCCUGCACUCACUCAAGUUCAACAGAGAGCGGGUCACAUUUUGCCACCUUCCCUUUCAGAGUAAAUGGCUGUACGUGGGGACGGAGCGCGGCAACACUCACAUUGUCAACAUCGAGUCCUUCGUUCUGUCUGGAUAUGUCAUCAUGUGGAACAAGGCCAUCGAGCUGUAA